AUGAAAGAGCUGAAUCGUGCACACGAUGAGAUCCUCAGCAAACAACUCUGGCGGCUGAAGCCACGCCCAACAAAGGACGUCCUCCGAGAACCAUCAUCAUUAUCGACACCACGAGCUCCACCUUCACCCGGAACAGAAGGCGGGCUAAACGCCUUCCUUCGAGCUUACAAAGUCCCAGGUACACCGGCGCCCGCCUCGUCCACUCCUUACAAGCCGUACUCCCGACUAGCAGCUUCCUCUUCCUCUUCCGCCGACUACAAGAUCAAGUCCCAGUCAACGCCCGACAAUUCUACCACCCCAUUUCAACUCCAAAACUUCGCCGAAUACACCAUCCUCCUCGCCAACUUCAUCGAAUCCAAACUCCACCAACCCAAUUCCUGGCCCUCUCCAGCUCAGACGGGUCCUCAACCUCGUCAAAAACAAAUCAAGAUCUACGAGCUUGGGUUUCGAGAUCAACCGGUCGUGGACUCUGAAGUCCGAGACUGGGAUCUCACAAUCAUGCUGAAGAUAACAGGGGCGGCCAAUGCAGCGAGGAAGAUUGAUGGGGAUGUGGUGCAGGAGUGGAAGAGGAUUUCGUGGGAGGAGAUUAGGAAGGGGUGGGCGGCCAUGGGGGCGGGGUGGAGUGUUGAUGAGGUUUGGUUGGUGGGGAGGGAGGAUGCGAAGAAGACAGGCAAAGGGAAGGGGUGGAGGUGGAAUGGAGUUGGGGUGGACACGGUUUUAUAA